AUGGUAGAAGAGCCGGCUACAGUAUUUCGUACCGACAUGACAUCACGGACCCGGAGAGCCUUCAUCGUCCUCGCCCUGAUCGCCGCGGCAUCUGCCGACGUGUCUCACCUCUUCAACAGGCCUGGCCAGCCCCAGCGACUCCAGCCCUCCGGCGGCCCUGACGCCCAAGCUGAGAUUUUACAGCAGGCGAGCGACGUGAGGCCUGAUGGCUACGAAUCCAGCUACCAGACUAGCAACGGCAUCUCUGCUCAGGAGUCGGGACAGCUGAAGAGCCUUGGACCUAAGGAGGAGGCGAUAGUUGUUUCUGGGCAAUACCAGUACACCGCUGACGACGGCACUCCCGUCCAGGUCUCAUACACUGCUGAUGAAAACGGAUUCAACCCUCAGGGUCCUCACCUCCCCACCCCUCCCCCGGUCCCGGAAGCCAUCGUGCGCGCCCUCGCAUACAUCGCCGCGCACCCCCCACCACCAGAACCCCAGCCAGGCCAGAAGAGGUUCUAAAUUAAAGAAACACAUGAACUGGAAUGAAAUAAACUUAUAGUUGAUCUUGUUAAA